AAAUGUCACGUGUAUGUCACGUGCGUGUCGGAAGAUGGCGGUUGUUCGCCGCACCAUUGCUCUUUGUCGGCAUGUCGCGAUUUCAAAGAUCCCUUUAGCCCUUUUAGUGCUGCUAAUCUCGAGCGCAGAGUCUCGUAAGAAUGUCUUGCUGAUUAUCGGAGACGAUGCUGGGUUUGAAUCACAGGUUUAUAACAAUUCCGUAUGCAAAACACCGCACCUCAAUGCGCUUGCAAGUCGCGGUCUGGUGUUCCGUAACGCGUUCACCUCGGUCAGUAGCUGCUCCCCUAGCCGAUCUGCUAUCCUUACAGGACUCCCCCAACACCAGAAUGGCAUGUAUGGACUUAAGCAAAAUGAGCAUCACUUCCAUUCCUUUGAUGCAGUAAAAAGCCUCCCACUUCUCCUCAAACAACAUGAUAUACGGACAGGAAUAAUUGGGAAGAAACAUGUCGCUCCUCUUCAGGUUUAUCCAUUUGACUUUGCAUACACAGAAGAACAUAACCAAAUCAAUCAAGUUGGGAGAAACAUCACAUAUAUGAAAGAGCUGGUUAAAAAAUUCCUGCAAGAGUCUAUUGAUGACCCCCGCCAAUUCUUUCUUUACAUCGCUUUCCACGAUCCCCACAGAUGUGGACACACAAGUCCUCAAUUUGGGAGUUUCUGUGAAAAGUUUGGCAAUGGUGAUCCAGGCAUGGGUACCAUUCCUGACUGGACACCAGUGCUGUACAAGCCAGAAGAUGUUGUGGUGCCCUACUUUGUCCAGGACACUCCAGCGGCCAGGGCAGACAUCGCAGCUCAGUACACUACAAUCAGCAGACUGGACCAGGGAAUUGGUAUUUUCCUGGAAGAGCUCAAGGUAGCAGGUUUUGAUAAAGACACUUUGGUAAUCUUCAGUUCAGAUAAUGGUAUUCCUUUUCCAAGUGGCCGAACAAAUCUCUUUGAUCCCGGUAUGAAAGAGCCAUUUAUUGUCUCAUCUCCAUAUCACACUAAGCGUUGGGGAGAGGUUAGUGAAGCUUUUGUUAGCUUGGUAGAUAUAGUUCCUACGGUUUUGGACUGGUUCAGUAUUGAGUAUCCAUCGUAUGAAAUUUAUGGCUACAACAAAGUGGAGUUAACUGGGACCUCAGUGCUUCCUAUUUUAGAAAAAGAACCUUCAUCAGGAUGGGAUACAGUGUACGCAAGCCACAACCUUCAUGAAGUAUCCAUGUACUAUCCCAUGAGAGUACUGCGCACAAAGAACUACAAGCUCAUUCAUAAUCUGAAUUACAAGAUGCCGUUCCCCAUAGACCAGGACUUCAUGAUUUCACCAUCGUUUCAGGAUCUUUUGAAUCGAACAAGUAAGGGUGAGCCCACAAACUGGUAUAAGACAAUCCAGCAGUAUUACUACCGACCACGGUGGGAACUGUAUGAUAUCAUUAAGGACCCCCAUGAGAUGAACAAUCUAGCAACGAAGGAAAAAUUUAAAGUAGUGUUCAAGGGACUUAAAAAGAAGUUGAACAUUUGGCAGAAUAGUACUAAUGAUCCUUGGAUAUGUGCUCCAGGUGGUGUCCUUGAAAAUCGAGGGUGGUACCCUAGGUCUGGUGUAUGUCUUCCCAUGCAUAAUGACCUUGAUUAGGGUUGAUUGACACUUGACACUUCAACUUAAUACAGUCGAACCUCUAUUAAGCGGUCACCCUCGGGACUUAGCUUAGUGACCGCUUAAUAGAGGUUGACCGCUUAAUAGAGGUUUCGCUAUUUUAGCCCCUAAAUUAGCGUAAAUCGGGCUGUCAUUAUACGUAAGAACUUUUCAUUAUAAUAAACAACAAUAACAAUCAUGUUAGCCCUAAGACGGGGCCUGGUGCAUUCCAAUUUCAUCCAGAAAUGUUUGAAAUCGCCUAGUCAGUUUGUUUUUGCCUAUACGGCUCUGUGGCUUUGCCCAAUUCUAUGGGCAUGAGCUACUUUCGCUGGCGUUAUGUAAAGUAAAUGAGUGCGUUAAGGUGAAGUUACACGCGUCGUUUCCGUCGAUAUCCGUCAUUAAGCGUUUGCGCAAUUUUGGAAGCCGAAUCAAAAACUCGCAGUGCGUUGCUGUACCCAAAAACUCACAAAUCUGACCCAGUUGCAUUCAUUCGGGGAUACCAUGAAUACAUGACUGAGUGGGAACCAGCAAGAAGAAGAUGUUUACAAACUUAUGCGGGAACCAACUAACAUAAAGGAUCCGAAUGCUGUUGCAAUCGUAAGAGAAAAAGCCGACAAAACAGUGAUGGAGACGGUCACCCGAAUACUCUAGUUGACGAUUUCGAAGUUAUCAGGCAUAUUCCCAAACUGAUGUCAACGUGGGUUACCAAAUAUCUCAAAAGACCUACGAACUGUGAGAAAGUCGUAGUCAAAGGGAAGUGGGUGGACAGAGGUGGUGGCUAUGGACUCGAGAUUCCUUGUGAAUACAUAUUUGAAGGUGAAGGUUUUUCUACUAGCUGGCUAAAGCGGAAAUUGGUAAUCGAGGAAUUUGAUGCGACUGGUCCGCACAGUAAUUAGAUUAAACAGUUAAAAAUAUGACAAAAUAUGACGUGCACUAUCUGUUGUCAUGCUGACAAAUAUUGAUGAUGACCGUUUAAUAGAGGUGAAAAACAAUAAAAUCAACCAAUUGGGACCCU